AUGACAGCCAUGACCAGACACGCAUCACCAAAACAUUUCACCACCACAACACAUCACCAGGCACCAGACAGCCACCCUGGACAACAGACAGCCACCUUGGGCACCAGACAGCCACCUUGGGCACCAGACAGCCACCUUGGACACCAGACAGCCACCUUGGGCACCAGACAGCCACCUUGGACAACAGACAGCCACCUUGGGCACCAGACAGCCACCUUGGGCACCAGACAGCCACCUUGGGCACCAGACAGCCACCUUGGACAACAGACAGCCACCUUGCACAGACCUUGGGCACAGACAGCCACCUUGGACACCAGACAGCCAGACACCAGGCCACCUUGGGCACCAGACAGCCACCUUGGGCACCAGACAGCCACCUUGGACAACAGACAGCCACCUUGGACAACAGACAGCCACCUUGGGCACCAGACAGCCACCUUGGACAACAGACAGCCACCUUGGGCACCAGACAGCCACCUUGGGCACCAGACAGCCACCUGGACAACAGACAGCCACCUUGGGCACCAGACAGCCACCUUGGACACCAGACAGCCACCCACCCAGACAGCCACCUUGGACAACAGACAGCCACCUUGGACAACAGACAGCCACCUUGGGCACCAGACAGCCACCUUGGACACCAGACAGCCACCCUGGACAACAGACAGCCACCUUGGACAACAGACAGCCACCUGGGCACAGACAGCCACCUGGACACCAGACAGCCACCUGGACCAGACAGCCACCUGGACAACAGACAGCCAACAGACAGCCACCUGGACACCAGACAGCCACCCUGGACAACAGACAGCCAGACAACAGACAGCCACCUUGGGCACCAGACAGCCACCUGGACACCAGACAGCCACCUUGGACAACAGACAGCCACCUUGGGCACCACACAGCCACCUUGGACACCAGACAGCCACCCUGGACAGCAGACAGCCAUCUUGGGCAACAGACAGCCACCUUGAGCUCCAUACAGCCACCCUGGACAACAGACAGCCACCCUGGACAGCAGACAGCCACCCUGGACAGCAGACAGCCACCCUGGACAACAGACCGGGCACCUGA